UUCUCUAAAGAAGAAGAAGAAGAAUGGUGACAACAAUGGCGAUGAUGGUGACUUUAGAAGGGAAGAGAGUGGUUUUGGUUCCGUACAUGGCGGAGCAUGUUCCAAAGUACCAUCAAUGGAUGCAAGACUCGGCGCUUCUUGAAGCUACGGGAUCUGAGCCGUUGAGUCUUGAGCAAGAGUUUGAGAUGCAGCUUUCUUGGACCCAAGAUCCCAAUAAGCGGACUUUCAUUGUGUUGGACAAGGAUUUCAUAAAGGGAGAGCUGAUUCAUGGCGAACCGCACGUAGAAGCCAUGACGGGGGAUGUGAACAUUUACAUGAAUGAUGUUGAUGAUCCAAAAGUUGCGGAGGUUGAAAUAAUGAUAGCUGAGCCCAGAAGCCGUGGUAAAGGACUAGGAAAGGAAUCUGUGUUGAUGAUGAUGGCUUAUGGUGUCAAGAACUUAGAGAUUCACAAGUUUACAGCCAAAAUCGGGGAAUCAAACACAGCUUCUCUCAGCUUAUUCCGCAAACUGGGUUUCGAGGACUCUUCUUACAGCGGUAUAUUCAAAGAGGUUACACUCGAGUAUAUGGUGACUAAUCUCCGUCGAGCAGAGCUCUUGAAGUUAUUGGAUGAAGUCAUUACGCACACUCAUUCAUCUAACAACCCAUCAGACUCGCUGCUAUCAGGAGAAGCUAUUGCAUAAAGCAUUUUAUUCAGUGUUUAUUGUUAGUUUACUCUUCAACUAACAAACUCUUGAUUCACCAUUCUGCAUUAUCCCAACGGUAGAAGCCUGAACAAUGAUGGGAACACAAUAAUUUAAUAUAUGGAUUUUAUGCAGAAUUGCAGA